GCAAACACUGAAAAGGAGUCUGGGCUUGGUUCUGUUUCCUUCUGGAUUCAAGACUGGAAAAAUGGAGCAGAAAGAUUCCUCAGCUAUCCCGGGCCAGCAGUUUCGUUUAGACGAGCGUCAACUAAAGAAUGAUGCUGGUGGUUAUGUUUUUAAGAUUGACGAUUUAGAUCGGCUCAAAAGAUUUCUCGUUUUGGGUGCUGAUGGAGGAACGUAUUAUGCCGGUGAAAGGGAACUUGCAAUCGAAAACAUCAAGUGCAUUGCUGACUUGAUAUGCAAUAGAAGAGGAAAGGAGGUUGUAGAUAUCCUCAAAACGUACAGUGUCGAAGGAAGGUGUCCCAAACAGAUAACCAUUGUGUAUGCUCUGGCAUUUUGUGCAAGAUAUCACAAUGGCACUUUAGAUCAACGUUUCCUAGAAACAAGGAAGGCAGCCUAUGAUGCCUUGAAUAAAAUUUGUCGUAUACCUACAGAUUUAUUUCAUUUUGUAGCCUAUUGUGAAGACAUAAGUAAAAGCAACAGAGGUCGUUCCGGGACUGGCUGGGGUAGAGCUCAGAGAAAGGCCAUCUCGAAAUGGUAUCUCAGCCAGUCACCGACCAAGCUGGCUUAUCACGUAACAAAAUACAAGCAAAGAGAUGGCUGGAGUCAUAGGGACCUUUUAAGACUUAGUCAUCCAAAGCCCAGCUCUAAGCAGAAAAGCCAUCAGAUAAUUUUCAGAUUUGUCACUAAAGGUUUUAGUGAGUGUAAAAAGCUAUUUGAUGAUCCAGAACAGUUUCCAAGCAAAGAUGAAGAAGUUAACAAAACCUUUGCUACUCUCAAUGCUGCACAAGAAGCAUUACAGCUCAGUAUGCAGGACAUCCCAGAAAAUGAAAAGGAAGAAAAAAUUAUUGAACUUAUAAAAAAUCAUGAUCUAGUCAGGGAACAUAUACCAAAUACAUUUUUGCAGUCACUUAAGGUAUGGCUCCAAAUGCUGUUUAAGAUGCCAAUGACUGCUCUUAUAAGAAACCUUGGGAAAAUGAGCUCUGAAGGAAUGUUUGAGGACAGUGUGAAGCACAAUGGGACAGAGAUAGCACACAGGGUUGCAGAUUGGCUAAAAGAUGAAAAACGACUCGAAAAAGCUAGAAUACAUCCAUUCAAUGUACUUCUAGCUUUAAAAACCUAUGAAUCUGGAAAAGGUGACAAGGGAUCAAAAACCUGGAAUGUUAACAAGAACAUUGUUGGUGCUCUUGAUGAAGCAUUUUAUAAGUCUUUCAAGUUUGUUAAGCCAACUAACAAACGCUACUUCCUUGGUAUUGAUGUAAGUGGCUCAAUGUCAUUAGACAAUUGUAAUGGAUGCUCCAUUUCACCUGCAUUAGCAUCUGCUGCCAUGGCAAUGACUACCUUGAGAACAGAGCCAAAAACUUUCCCAAUGGCAUUUUCAGAUGGUUUAGUACCACUUAAAAUCAAUAAAGAUAUGAAGCUUGCAGAUAUCUUGAAAGAAACAAAGAAGCUAAUGUUUGGAUCAACUGAUUGUGCACAGCCAAUGAUUCAUGCCAUGAAAGAAAGCAUUGAAGUUGAUGUCUUCAUUGUUUACACAGACAAUGAAACAUGGACCGGAGAUCUUCAUCCCUUCCAAGCCCUUGUUGAUUAUCGCAAGAAAAUGAAUAUCCCCCAUGCAAAACUAAUAGUCUGUGCAAUGGCAGCAAAUGAAUUUACUAUUGCAGAUCCAGAUGAUCCUUUAAUGCUCGAUAUAGCUGGAUUUGAUUCAGCAGCACCACAAAUUAUUGCUGAGUUUGCUCAGUUUGAACCUCAACCUGUAAAGUAGUGUACUGGUACAACCUGUACUGUAGUGUAGCAUUCAGUGUACUGUUUCUUGCAGUUAUUUCUCAUCCAGUUGUGGAUGUUUACCUGAUUUCUAUAAGUUUACAGUUUAAGGGGCACUUUUGAUUCCUUGGGACUAAGGGGCACUUAUGAUUCCUAAAGUAUACAGAAAACCAUACAAAAAUCAUCUUGCCAUAAGGCUUUUACAGGUUUAGCCCCCUUCCCUUAUUCACAUUAUGAUUUGCUGUAUCUGCAAAUAUCUGGAUAUAAACCACUCAUCUUUCAUUCAAGAUUUUACAUUGUUGAAAGAUGUAUCUUGUCAAAUACAGUGUAUUUAGUCUAUUUCUCUUGCAUAUCCAAUUUUUGAAGGCAACUUCCUUUCUAUCACUUGGUUAAUUUUGCCAUAGAAUCUUGAUUUAUUACCUUAUGUUUAUUAUCAAUUCAAAAUUGGAGCAGUAAAUGGCAAAAUAUUAAUGAGAUAUAAAUUUGAAAAUAUAAUUUUGAUUACAUUGUCCUUGAUCCUUCCUUUUAGAUUCUUAUUAGUUCUUUUGCACAAAACAUUUAAUCCAAUUUUGAUUCUGGUUUUUCCAUGCAUAUUUGUAAUUUCAAUGCCCAUAGUUAACAAAAGAAAGGAUUUAGAAACAUAGCACUAGGUCCCUGAGUAGCUCUGAAAAUUGUUCAAUUAAUUGUAAACAAUUUACAUGGAAAUUUAUAUAGUAACUAUAUAUGGUCUUGAAUUAAUAUAGCAAUUGAUGCUGUUAGUACAACAUGAGGAUCUUCUAAUUUUCUUCAAUUUCUGAUCCAAUAAAUACUAAGACAGA